AUGGCAGAGGUAUUUGCACAAACUGAGAAAGCAUUAGAUGCUUUCAAAAAUGGUGAAUUUUUGGUUGUGAUGGAUGAUGAAGACCGUGAAAAUGAAGGAGAUUUGAUUGUAGCUGCUGAACUAAUAACUCAGGAAAAGAUGGCUUUCCUAGUGCGUUAUUCUUCAGGGUAUGUUUGUGUGCCGUUAUCAACUGAACGAGCAGACCAUUUGGAUCUACCAUUCAUGUUACCCAAUCGAUCAGAUAGACACGGAACUGCUUAUACUGUAACUUGUGACGUUGCCGAGGGAACAACAACAGGUAUCUCGGCACACGAUCGGGCUUUGACCGCAAAAGCUUUGGCCGAUCCAAAUUCGAAACCAGACGAUUUUAUCAAACCUGGUCAUGUCUUACCUUUGAGAGCCGUCCCAGGAUUGUUGAAAAAGAGAAGAGGUCACACUGAAGCUGCAGUUCAGUUGUGUGAGUUGACCGGAUUACAACCUGCCGGAGUCAUUUGUGAAUUGGUACGAGACGAAGAUGGUUUAAUGAUGAGGUUGGAUGAUUGUGUUAAGUUUGGAAGAGAGCACGGUAUUAAGCUUAUUACAAUUAAACAACUAUUGGAGUAUAUCGAUAAGAAAAGUUUAGACUCGAAUUGA